CAUGGUUUUUGCAUGUUAUUUACAUGUGAAUAACGUCUGUAUUACGGAAUAUAAUAUAACGGUUAGCAGUAGAACAAAAAACCGCUCUCGAAAUUUAUUAUUAUUUAGGUACAUACAAAUAAAAGGACAUUUUAUUAGAUGUCGAAUCAAGCAAAUUACGUCGCCGCGGCAGUGGCCACAGUGGGGGUCCUCGGCGGAGCCUACUACGCUUACCAAGCUUACAAAGCGCACCAGAGACACAAGAUUCCAAAACACUGGAAACAAGUUGGCACGUUGCAACAUCUCUUCCUCUAUCCUGUAAAAUCCUGCGGCCCUGCGAUACUGAAUAAGGCAGAAUGUUCUGCGUUAGGACUGAGAGAUGGCUGGCUUCGGGAUCGAGUUUUGGUGGUAGUUGACAGUAAGAACAGCUUUAUUACAGCAAGAGCUCACCCUGAACUUUUGCAAAUCAACCCGACUGUAAAAAGCGCUAUUCUUACUUUGAAGCAUGCUGAUUAUGAACCCCUGCACGUUAAUUUGGCAGAGGUAGCAGCUACACAAAAACCGCAAACUGCGGUCGUGUGGGGUGCCACUGUGCCUGUUUACGAUUGUGGAUGGGAAGCUAGCGAAUGGGUUUCGAGGAUCGUAGACAAUUCUACUACAAAUUAUCGUCUGAUGUACUACGCAACUGAGAAAAGUCGUAAGAUACGCGAGAAACCCGUAGUUAAAUUCUACAAUUUGACUAAGUAUGAUACGGGUGCAUUCCCCGAUGAAACAUCCUACAAUCUAAUCAACCACGCGUCAGUGGACGAUUUGAACAUGCGUAUGAAGGAUGCUGAAGCGUCGCUUCUCCAAUUCCGCCCGAAUUUCGUGCUGACAGGAGCCAAGCCUUAUGACGAAGACAACUGGAAAUUUCUUAAAAUUGGUGACAAUAUCUUUGAGAUAAUCAAGCCUUGCACUCGGUGCAUAUUGACCACAAUAGAUCCAGAAACUGGAGUUCCCGAUGAGAACGGCGAACCAGUGAAAACUUUAAGAACGUAUCGCCUAGAUGAAAAUCCAGAGAUCCGCAAGGCAGCGCAUAACUCGCCGCGCAUGGGGUUGCAGAUAGCACUGCGCUCCGACCCCGGAGGCUUAGUUUCGCUCAACGACCCCAUUUAUGCCGCCUAGCGCCACAUAAACCAGACUACAAGCCGUCAUUGUAAUGUCCACUAGUUGUCAUAUAUAAACCAUAUUAAAGAUAUAUUAUUAUUUAUU